UAUACAGUCCACGAUAGUUACUCUUAAAGGUGACAUAAGAUUCCUCGUUAAAAGCCUUCUAGUUCAAAAAAAAUAAAACUUUUAUAACAUGGUCCCUAUAGGGACCAAAGGGCAAGAAAGGGUUAAUUUAGUUUUAUACAAAAAAAUGAUUUUUGUACUUGAUUAGAGAAGCUCAAUCAGUUGUCUUGCAUAAAGAUUCACAAUGGUAUCAAAACUGGCAAAAUUUCAAAGAUAAUAAUGCCUAUGUACACAAAUUAUUUGAAUUGAAAACAAAAUAUGAUGAAAGUGACAAUUUUGUUAUUCGUGUUGCUCGUUCAUUAACAGAAAAGGUGUCUGGUGCACUAACUUCUGUCUUUAGUCCAUCAGAAACAUCCGAGACACUAACCGAAAUAUGUCGUUCUGAUCCAGCAUUUGAUGUAGCCAAAUUUUUAAAAAAUGUGCAAUAUGAUAUUAUACCAAAUAUUUUUGAGUCACUGGCAAGAGGGGAAUUAGAAAUUUUACGUGAUUGGUGCACUGAAGCAGUCUACAAUGUUUUGAUUAAUCCAAUAACAACUUCAAAAGCGUUGGGCUAUAAAUAUUCUCUGAAGAUUAUUGAUCUCGGUGAUGUUGAAUUAGUUGCAGCAAAAAUGAUGGAAUUACCGGUGCUAGUUCUGACAUUUCAAGCACAACAAAUAGCUUAUAUUAGUGAACAGACCGGAAAAAUAAUCGAAGGACAUCCCGAGCAAAUCAAUCGUAUCAAUUACAUAUUUGCUUUGGGACGUGAUUUAACUAUUCUUGAUCCUAAUGCAGCUUGGAGACUAAUUGAUCUUUCAGCGGCUAGAGUGAAUCAUUUUGUUUGA